AUUGCUUGCGUUACAUUUCUCGUUCAGGCCAGCAAUGGAGGAUACUCUGCCCUACUUCCUAACAUAUUCCUCUAACAAGCUGCCGUCGAUGCGACAAAACACAGCAUCGCUCUCCGAGGAACCGGUCUAGCAUUCAUCAGCACAUGUUCUUCGAAUCUUCUUGGCUAAUCGUGUCACGCUUCGGUCGUCGACAAAUCUUCCUCGCCGGUUUCAGCAUUAUGAUCACAUGUUUGCUCCUCAUCGGCAACCUAGCACCAGUCACCCCAACAGAAGGGACCAAAUGGGCUCAACCCGUGCUGUGUCUCAUCUGGCUCGGCUCCUACUCUGCGAGCGUCGGCCCAGUCGCCUAUCCGUUCCGCUGCCGCCAGGAGCGACAUCUUCGUAGUGUGAGACUUUUUGAGGUUCUUAACGUUUGGCGGAUGUCGUUCCUGGCGGCAGCGGAGCGGAUGCUAUUGUCGCGGAGAUCGGCGCAGCCCAACCCCGCACCAAGACCGUAGUGCUCGGGGGAAGUAGGGGAAGUAGAUAUUUUGUGGGGAAUAUUAUUGGCGGGGUGCUGGAACCGUAUGAUGGAUCCGACGACGUGGAACCGGGAGAGCA